ACUUCCCGGCCGCUCCCCAAAUUGCAGGACGUGUUCGAGAUGCGCUUUGCCAAGAUGCCGGACGAGCCGGAGGAGCCGGUGAUUCCCGCCUCGUCCCCCGUGGUGGUCCCGCCCCCCACCAAGGUGGCCCCGCCCUCGUCCAGCGACAGCAGCAGCGACAGCUCCUCCGACAGCGACAGCUCCUCCGACGACUCCGAGGAGGAGCGGGCGCAGCGCCUGGCCGAGCUCCAGGAGCAGCUCAAGGCCGUGCACGAGCAGCUGGCGGCGCUGUCCCAGCCCCAGCAGAACAAACCAAAGAAGAAGGAGAAGGACAAGAAGGAGAAGAAGAAGGAGAAGCACAAAAAGAAGGAGGAGCUGGAGGAGGCCAAGAAGAGCAAAGCCAAGGAGCCGCCGCCCAAGAAGGCCAAGAAGAGCAACAGCAACAGCAGCGCCUCCAGCAAGAAGGAGCCGGCGCCGGUGAAGCCCAGCAAAGCCGCGCCCGCCUACGAGUCGGAGGAGGAGGAGAAGUGCAAGCCCAUGUCGUACGAGGAGAAGCGGCAGCUGAGCCUGGACAUCAACAAACUGCCCGGGGAGAAGCUGGGCAGGGUCGUGCACAUCAUCCAGUCCCGCGAGCCGUCGCUCAAGAACUCCAACCCCGACGAGAUCGAGAUCGACUUCGAGACGCUGAAGCCGUCGACGCUGCGCGAGCUCGAGCGUUACGUCACCUCCUGCCUGCGCAAGAAGAGGAAACCCCCAGAGAAGCUCGACGUCCUGGCCGGCUCCUCCAAGCUCAAGGGUUUCUCCUCGUCGGAGUCGGAAUCCAGCAGCGAGUCGAGCUCUUCCGACAGCGACGAGUCGGACUCAGAAAUGGCGCCAAAAUUGAAGAAAAAAGGGCACUCGGGGCGGGAGCAGAAAAAGCACCACCACCACCACCACCAACCAUCUCAGGAUGUUCAAGAUCUUGAGGAACUCCGGUUUUUGAGGACCUAA